GUACUACUAUUGUGAAUUGUUUUUUAUUGUGUAUUUCGACGACAGAAAAUUUGCCAACAAAAAACACAAAAUGGCCAGCAUCGCUACUAAAUCUUCUGGUUUAAUCAACAGACUUUUGGUCCAGGCUAGACCCCAAUUGGAUACCUUCUUGAAAUACGCCAAGGUUGAGUUGACCCCACCAACUCCCGCCGACAUUCCCGCCAUCCGUCAGGGUAUUAGCCGUUUGGUAACCGGUGCUCGUACUGGUGCCUACAAGAAUGUUUCUGUACGCGAAGCUUGGCUCAACACCUUGGUAACCAUGGAAGUUGUUUUCUGGUUCUACAUUGGUGAAUGCAUUGGCAAACGUCACAUUGUUGGUUAUGAUGUUUAAAUUGUGAAAUCAUUGUAAUCGAACACAGUUCAAUUUAACAUCUUCUGUUAAGUCAGCGUGUUUUUUGGAGAAGAUAAAACAGAAGUUGUGUUCUAGUUAUAUUUUUUUCCAAUAAUAAAGAAUUCUAUGUUUAGAUUUAAAACAAAACAACUACAACAACAAAUUUAAAUGCUAAAUGAAAGUGGCUUUUCGUUAUUUCUCGUUGGAGCAUUGAAUUUUUUCAAAAACAAUUUUGUGUGUUAAUUUUCAUUGUGAAUCUAAUUCCGAUAAAAUAAAGCAUUACACAAAAACAAAA